GGUCAUUCUGCACUCCAUCGAACUUGAACCUCACUUGUUUCUCAAGAAAGUAUCUAGGGAAAAAGUCGCCGUCCGCCCAGGGAAGAGGAAAACUAUGGCUCCUGAACCCGAAGACGACAUCAAGGACGAGAAGAACCCUCGUCCUCUCGACGAGGAUGAUAUCGCUCUUCUCAAAACCUAUGGCUUGGGACCUUAUUCUGCCAGCAUAAAGAAAGCGGAAAAGGAAAUUAAGGAAAUGGCUAAGAAGGUCAACGAUUUAUGCGGUAUCAAGGAGUCAGACACUGGUUUGGCUGCACCCAGCCAAUGGGAUCUUGUUUCUGAUAAGCAAAUGAUGCAGGAGGAGCAGCCUCUCCAGGUGGCAAGAUGCACGAAGAUCAUUAGCCCAAACUCUGAAGAUGCAAAAUAUGUUAUAAAUGUUAAGCAAAUUGCAAAGUUUGUCGUUGGGCUUGGUGACAAAGUUUCCCCAACUGAUAUUGAAGAAGGCAUGCGUGUUGGAGUUGAUCGGAAUAAAUAUCAAAUUCAGAUUCCAUUGCCUCCAAAAAUUGACCCGAGUGUAACUAUGAUGACGGUGGAGGAAAAGCCAGAUGUGACAUACAACGAUGUUGGUGGAUGUAAGGAGCAGAUUGAAAGGAUGCGAGAGGUUGUUGAGCUGCCCAUGCUACAUCCUGAGAAAUUUGUGAAGCUCGGAAUUGAUCCUCCUAAAGGUGUGCUGUGCUAUGGUCCUCCUGGAACUGGCAAAACACUUCUAGCGAGAGCUGUGGCUAAUCGAACUGAUGCAUGUUUCAUUCGUGUUAUUGGAAGUGAGCUUGUUCAGAAAUAUGUUGGUGAGGGAGCUCGUAUGGUUCGUGAACUGUUUCAGAUGGCCCGUUCAAAAAAGGCUUGUAUCGUGUUUUUUGAUGAAGUAGAUGCUAUAGGCGGUGCACGUUUUGAUGAUGGUGUGGGUGGAGACAAUGAGGUUCAGCGCACAAUGCUCGAGAUCGUGAAUCAGCUCGAUGGCUUUGAUGCUCGUGGAAACAUCAAAGUUCUAAUGGCAACAAAUAGACCUGACACGCUGGACCCAGCACUGCUACGACCUGGAAGGUUAGAUCGCAAAGUUGAGUUUGGCCUACCAGAUCUGGAGAGUAGGACACAGAUAUUUAAAAUCCAUACACGGACAAUGAACUGUGAAAGGGAUGUUCGGUUUGAACUUCUUGCUCGCCUCUGCCCAAAUUCUACAGGAGCUGACAUAAGGAGUGUGUGCACGGAAGCUGGAAUGUAUGCCAUUCGAGCACGACGAAAGACUGUAACAGAGAAAGACUUUCUUGAUGCCGUGAACAAAGUCAUCAAGGGGUACCAGAAGUUCAGCGCUACACCAAAGUACAUGGUCUACAACUGAUUGAACUGCUUUGCUUCUAUGAGAACCAGUUUGUGGCUGUUGAUUCAAUCAGACUACAAAAAUAUUUUCAUGGCUAUUUGAUUUCAUGGACAUUCACUGUUGGAAUGCUUUUUAAUGCUUUACUUUUUUCCAGUGUCAAAAUUAUAAGAGAUAAUUGUAUUGAGUUGCAACUGAUGUUAAAUCAGACUCUAGAUUACAUCAA